GGUAGUAUACAGCGGUUGGGCGUGGAGAUGGUUCGUCAAUCAAGAUCUGAGUGGAAAGCUGGCUACUUUCGAAAGCUUGAGAAACAUUUGUCAGAGUUCGAUAAGUGUUUUAUCGUCAACGUAGACAAUGUCCGUUCCAAGCAAAUGCAACAAAUUAGGAUGGCGCUUCGGGGAAGUGCAGAGCUGGUACUAGGGAAAAAUACGCUGAUGAGGAAGGUCAUUCAGAAACAAAUGGGUCAAGACACUACUUUGGAGAAGCUUUUGCCGCAUAUUCGGGACAAUGUCGGAUUUGUCUUCACCAAUGGCGACCUUGCAGAUGUCCGUGAUAAAAUUGAGAAAAACCGUGUCGAAGCACCUGCUAAAGCUGGUGCAAUCGCUCCGUGUGAUGUCAUUGUGACAGCUCAGAACACUGGUCUUGGUCCAGAAAAGACUGCUUUUUUCCAAGCUCUUAGCAUACCAACAAAAAUUGCCAGAGGAGCAAUUGAAAUUAUUAGUGAUGUUCAUCUGGUGCGCAAAGAUGAGAAAGUUGGGAUGAGCGAAGCUACACUACUAGGAAUGUUAAAAAUUCAUCCAUUUACUUAUGGUUUAGUUAUUAAACAAGUGUUUGAGCAAGGUUGCGUGUAUGAUCCUGCUGUUUUAGAUAUAACUCCUGAAAUGAUAACCGAGAAAUUUGCCGCCAUUGUCCAAAAUAUUGCAUGCCUAAGCUUGGCUUUGGAUUACACAACACUUGCGAGCAUCCCACACGUGCUCGCAAACGGGUUUAAAAACUUGUUGGCUAUAUCUCUUAUGACAGAUUACUCGUUCAAAGAGGCCGAACAGGUUAGUUUAGUGAUUUUUUAAACGACUGUACUUGUGUUUUCGAAAAGUUGGGUGGUGAACUCCACUUGAGUAUUUCAGCUUUCAAUCGUUGCAGGCCUUACUGUAAAGUCAUACGGCAUUGCUAAAUGCAGGAUAACUUAGUAAUCUUAAUUCACUACCAGGUUACAAAUUAGUAGAUUGUUGAUGUGUGUGUAUUACAACCUCAUUACCGUUGUUUUAUGUCCUGGUCUCUUUUCGUUUUGAAGUAAUCUAGUAAUACGCAGUUCUGAAAUGUCUUAGAAGAACACGUUUCAUACUAGCCCAACAGUGGUUUGUUGACAAGUACUAUAGUCUCCCUGUGAAGUUGUUUGCUCGUUUCAUGUCUAAAUAGUAAAUAUUUCUUGUUCCGUUACAGAUAAAAGAGUUCCUAGCGGAUCCCACUAAAUUUGCUGCAGUCAUCACAUCCGCUGCCGCACCGGCUUCAACUACUACAACCAAGGUAGAAGAAAAAGCUGCACCUGCAGAGGUGCCUUCUGAAGAAAGUGAUGAAGACAUGGGAUUCGGUUUAUUUGAUUAGAUGUUUAAUAAAGAGUUAACUGGUUAUA